AUGGCCACUACCAAGCACAGCAACGUCGACCUCUUGUUUGCAGGCGCGGGCCCUGCUGGCAUGAUGGCCAGCAUGUAUCUCUCAGAGCAUGGUGUGAAGCAUCGCAUCAUUGAUCGAAGGGGCACAAGAAAACUCAACGGACGGGCCGACGGUCUCAUGACGAGGACCGUCGAGAUCUGGGACAGCUAUAGCAUCGCUGACAAGAUCAGUAGCGUUGCCGCUUCGUUUGGGGAGUGGUCGUUGUGGUCCUUCGAUGGCGAUAUUCAGGCUGGGCAUGAACAUCUCGCAGCACGACGCGUACAACCUCUUGUCUCGUGGAAGAUCGCUGGCGUUGUCAAUGGACAACUAUCUCCAAAGAUUUUGAGCACAUACGAGCACGGGCGGAUCCCAGUGGCUCGCCGCCUCAUUGCCCACGAUAGAGACAUGGCCGCCGUAUUAACAGCUCGCCAGGAUCGUGACGGAGCAGCGAUAAAUAAGAUAUACGCUCGUCUGCAGGAGAACAACGGCACACUCCUGCAAUAUGACCACUGCUCUCUGGUUACAGCGGAUGGUGAUACUGCUCGUCAGAGCGCUGCAUCUGAGCUCAAGCUAGGAACCACGUUCCCUGAUGUGACAGUGUGGAGUCAGGCCAGAGGCGAUAUGGCGUGGUCACAAUCACUUCUCAAGAGCAAUGGACAGUGGCGCCUCAUGGUCUUUGCUGGAGAUGUAGCGCAGAUAUCACAGCUGGCUACCGUCAACAGUCUGGGUGAUCAAAUCGUACAGCUCGCCACUACCAAUGAUGUUGAAUUGCCAGACUUCCACGAGGCAUACUUUCCAUUGGAUGAAGUGGCGGGUCGAAGGUACGAUACUAUCUAUGCCGACUGGCCUUCGGAAGGGAAGGAUGAUACUACCGUCAAUGCUCACAAGGCAUAUGGUGUGGAUCCGAACAAAGGCGCACUGGUUUUGAUUAGACCAGACCAGUUCGUUGCUUGGGUUGAGUCGUUGGAGGAUCUGGGAGCGCUGGAAGAGUGGUUGGCGCGGUUUAUGCUUGCAGAGCGGGAACCGCGCAGAGAUUCUGGGCAGGAUAGGGAGAGCACCGAAAGCACAGAUAUCUAA